GGCCUGCCCACUCUCUCACUUGUCACUCCCCACACCGGCGCGGCGCCACCUGCCCCUUCCUCCUCAUAUGGUCUCCCGCCGCGCGCCCCGCACCCACCGCUAGCGAGCCGCCCCACUCCAGCCCACCCAUGGCCGCGGCGUCGCUCGCCCGCCUCUUGCCGCCCCUCCUCUCCCUCCUCCUCCUCCUCCUCGCCGGCGCCGCGCGGGGCAAGACGGUGAAGAGAGACGUGAAAGCGUUGAACGAGAUCAAGGCUUCACUAGGCUGGAGAGUUGUCUACUCAUGGGUCGGCGAUGACCCUUGUGGGCAUGGUGACCUUCCCCCCUGGUCCGGUGUGACAUGUACUCAGCAAGGGGAUUACAGAGUUGUCACGGAACUGGAAGUCUAUGCUGUGUCCAUAGUUGGUCCAUUCCCUACAGCGGUAACAAACCUGCUGGAUUUAAAAAAACUGGAUCUCCACAAUAAUAAGUUGACGGGGCCAAUUCCUCCACAGAUUGGACGGCUGAGACACCUCAAGAUAUUGAACCUGAGGUGGAAUAAGCUUCAAGAUGUGCUACCGCCCGAAAUUGGUGACCUAAAGAAACUCACACACUUGUAUUUGAGCUUCAAUAACUUCAAAGGUGAAAUUCCCGUGGAGCUUGCAAACCUACCAGAACUACGCUAUCUUUAUCUCCAUGAGAACCGCUUUACUGGGCGGAUCCCCCCUGAGCUCGGAACUCUCAAAAAUCUUCGUCACCUUGAUGUUGGUGGCAACCACUUGAUAGGCACUCUGAGGGAUGUCUUCAGCAUUGAGAAUGGCUUCCCCUCCUUGAGAAACCUAUACGUUAACAAUAAUCAAUUGGCUGGAGUGGUGCCAGAUCAGAUUGCGAAUUUGACCAACCUUGAGAUCUUGCACUUGUCCAAUAAUAGGCUGAUUGGAUCGAUAUCGCCAAAGCUAGUUCAAAUUCCAAGAUUGACAUAUCUGUAUUUGGACAAUAACAACUUCAUUGGAAGGAUUCCCGAAGGAUUAUACAAGCAUCCAUUUCUGAAGGAGCUGUACAUUGAGGGGAACCAGUUUAGACCAGGAAGCAGAUCAAAAGGAAUGCACAAGGUGCUCGAGUUGCCCGAGGCCGACCUCUCGGUUUAACCGGAGCUCAUAAAGUGUGGGCCUGUUGUUUAUUCCGCACGACAGCAGCCACCUUUCUACAUCUCCACACGACGCGGUCGCGAAAUGCACGUGUAUUUUAGGACAUAUAUGUAUGAUUAGUAGUAACAUCAGCUAUGUUUCUCGCUGUGCCGUAAAAUGCUAAGUUUACACGUAAGAACUACUCAGAAAUCAGUUCAGUUCACUGUGAAAUCCAUAGCCAAUGAAUUGUGAUCUUGCCGUGGAA